GGCGGUGUUCCCGGCGCCCGCCUGAUUUCUUUUUCAACUUCCGCUUCCGGCUGUGUCUGGUGCUAUGAGCUUUGUUUUGAAUAAACGUCUUCUCGUCAGCUGAUUGAAAACAGGAUGGCGGAAGAGCAGGACGCCGGUGUUUCUUCUCGGACUCAAAGGAAAGCUUUGAGUAAGGCUAAAAUACUACAGCGGGAGAGCGAGAGGGAGGUCUUCAGACUGGUCGGGCGGGUCCUGAAAAAACCGGAGUCUCAGCGGUCAGAGGAGGAGGCCGCUGCUCUGCUGCUGCACAGAGACACUGUGGAGGAGCUCUGCAAGAGACAAGUCCGCAGAAAUGUGCUCAAGAGGAAGCAGGAAGAGGUAUUUGAUGGUGUUGAUGAGCUGAAAAAUAAAGUCAGGCAGCUCGCUGUGGCAGUCAAACAAGCCAGUCACCUGGUGGUUUACACCGGAGCCGGUAUCAGCACGGCAGCUUCUAUCCCUGACUACAGGGGCCCUAACGGGGUAUGGACGCAGCUACAGAAGGGUCGGGCCAUUAGCUCGUCAGACCUGAGUAAAGCGGAGCCGACGCUCACGCACAUGUGCAUUAAGAUGCUUCAUAAGGAAAAGCUGGUUAAGCACGUUGUGUCUCAGAACUGCGAUGGACUCCACCUGCGUAGCGGUCUGCCCAGACACACCCUCUCUGAACUCCAUGGAAACAUGUUUAUUGAAGUGUGCACGUCCUGCUCCCCAGUCAGGGAGUACGUGCGUUUAUUUGAUGUGACCGAGCGGACGUCACUACACCGCCAUGGGACGGGACGGAAGUGCAGCCACUGUGGCGCCGAACUGAGAGACACCAUAGUGCACUUCGGGGAACGUGGGACCCUCGAGCAGCCUCUCAACUGGAGGGGAGCAACAGAAGCUGCCAAGAUGGCGGAUGUUAUACUCUGUUUAGGCUCCAGUCUGAAGGUGCUGAAGAAAUACACUUCUCUGUGGUGCAUGAACAGACCAGCAAGCAAAAGGCCCAAACUCUACAUUGUCAACCUUCAGUGGACACCAAAAGAUGAUCUGGCUGUGUUGAAAAUUCACGGCAAGUGUGACGAUGUCAUGAGACUCCUCAUGGAGGAGCUGAACCUUCAGAUUCCUGCAUAUAACAGGGCAGACGAUCCCAUCUUCACUCUGGCUACACCUCUGCAGCUUGAAGAGGUGCAAAGCCACUCUCGUGAGGUCGUAGCGCCUCCCAAUGAUCAAAAUGACUGCUCAGAUGACCCCGAGGAGCAGAAACCCACAUCUGUGCAGGGCGGCUGGUUCGGACGAGGGUACGGCAAAGGAAGGCAGAAGAAGAAAAAAGUUGCGUGACUGACAGGACAUUGUGAACUUUUUGGUCACUGCCAGCAGUUUAUCCCAUCAAGAGAUUCAAGUUUCAGUCCUGUGAUGAUGGAAAGUUGGACUUGAAGCUUCUGGGGUGCUGUUUUGUAGGAUUGUGUACUUGCCAUUAGGAAAAUGGCACAUUGCACUGACCUGUCGUGUUGUACAGCGUACACUUUAGAGUGAUACCUGGGUUCAGAGCAGGGUUUUGUUAAGCAGCUGCAGUUUAUGUUUCUGUGUUCAUGGCAGCUAAGCCAGCUGGGUUAGACGGAGCCAAAUUUUAGCUCAGUGUGGCUAGGAUGUUUUUUUCUUUUUUUCUUUUUUUUUCUUUUACAAAAACUGACAAGAAAGGUCUUAAAAUGUGUCAGAAAAUGAGGUCCUGUAGGGGUUUGGUUUGUUUUUUUGUGAAUGGAUCACUUUUGACACCAUUUCAGGUGUUUUAACCAGACUGGUAACAGGUGCUUCUUAGAGCCUGACUGAUAUCACCAAUAUCAGUAUCUGCAUUUCCCACAAACACAGCCAGCUGAUCUGAGUAAAGGUGGGGGUUAAACAAGUAAUUCAUGGCUUACUGGAACAAAACAGAAUUAUUUUUAAAUAUUAUCCUAGUAAGUCUUCAUAAAAAAUGACAAAUGUUAGAAAAGUCUUUGUUUUUAUUUGUCUGAAAGGGGAAAUAAUAUCACCAAAUAUUGGUGUAGCUCGUAUUCCUGCAUCAGUUGGGCUCUACAGUGUCUAAUUUACGCUCUGCUGGUGUAGUAUGACCAUGAUGUAUUAGAACAUGGAUAUCUGAGGGUAGAGUACUUCAUAAAUACUGUAUCAUCAGAAGAACAUGAGUGGCAGAUAACAACAGCAGCUUAAGCAAAAGUCCAUUUUGAAUUAUGCUUUUCUAUCUUUUACACAUGUACUGAUUAUAGUAGAAUAUAUUUUUGUAGUGUUUGUUUUUCAUAUGUUCAAGACUUCCCUUUUUUUAAAAACAUGGCAUCUUUGUGUUGAUGUUUAUUUUAAAGGUUUAUGUUGGCCGUACUUAAUUAUUGUGUGCUGCCCUUGACUCUGCUGUAAUCCUUCCUCAGGUAUGCAGGCUGGUUAGUACAGCCGCUACUGUAUUACAUUUGUUUACGUUUAAACUUUAGUGUGACUUUUUUUUUUCCUUAAAAAAAAAAAAUAACUUUUGUUUACAGUAUAGGAAGGUAAGCUGAGUUUUGAGUUAAAUUACUGUUUGCUUAAGUGAUUGGAAACAGCAGCCAGAGUCAUUGUGUCUGUUAUUUUAUCUCAGGAAGAACCUUUAGUGUCAACAGUCUCAUCAUGUCUG